GCCGAAGCGAGCAAUUUGAUACUGUUUAAUAAUGUUAUGGAUUUUUAUGUCAAGUCAAUGCAAACGGCUCUUCGUGACAUUGACCCGUACUUAAGUACAACGGAAUUAUUAGAAACACACGAAACGGCCAAAAAUGAAUCAAUAUCACAGUUUUUGCAAAAACGUAAACUUGGUGGCGAUGACCUCAUAUCAUCUUUCGUCCUGCGCAUUGAGAACACUGCAGAGGAACGAUUUUUGGAUUUUCAGCUAGAAAACAACGAGAAACGAAAAGCAUUCAUUGACAAAGCCAAUUUGCAUAAUGAAAAGUUGGUCAUUGAAAUACAGACGGACUUCGAAAAGAAAAUACUCAACGAAAUCGAACGAAUGGAAUCAAUGUCCGCUGAAAGUUUAAAGCAAUUUAUGGAAAAAUCAAAAGAAAGUGCUUUAGUUGAGUUUAAUGCAAUGAAGAUGGGCGAAAAUAAUAUUACAGGAAAAUUCUCCCAAGGGCUCCAGCAGAAUAUGGAUGUUUUUCAAGCUUCAACUGAGACAAUGCUAAAUUCGCACAAGGAUUCUGUAAACUUUUAUUCCAAUCUAAUGCACAAAAUGCUGAACAAAGUUGACGUGUACGCUACACACAGUUCUAUCGUAGAUAUGCAUCAGAAUUCAAAAAAAAAGGCGAUUAAACAGUUUCAGCUACGAUCGCAUGGUAUCCCUGCUGAAGUGACGUCAACCUUCGAGCAUAAAACCUUGAAUGAAAUUGAAAGAAAAUACACCUCAUUUGCCCAAGAGAACGAAAGGAAACGUAAUAAUUUCAUUUCAAAGGCCAGGGCUUACAAUACAGACUUAGUCGAGCAGAUCGAAAAAGUCCGAAGUUCAUCCGCAUACACACAAAUUGAUACCGCUGAAUCAUAUUUAAAUCGCACUGAAUUGUGGAAUUUAUGGAAUGGUACAAAACAAGCUGCCCUAGAUGAAUUUGAUUCGUGGAAGAUGGGCGAUAGCGAUCUUUCUUCUAGCUAUCGCGCACAACUCGAAGUGAAGAUGCUCGAACUUGAAUCUCGUUUGGAAUCACACAAUGAGUAUAGAAAAUCAUUAGAUUUGUAUGCCAAGUCAAUGGAGAAGGCACUUCGUGACAUUGACCCAUACUUUAGUGAAAUGGAAUUAUUCAAAAAACAUGAAACGGCCAAAAAUGAGUCGAUAUCACAGUUUUUGCAAGAACGUAAACUUGAUGACGAUGAUCUUACGUCAUCUUUAGUACGUCGCAUUGAGAAUACUACGGAGGAACGGUUUUUGGAUUUCCAUCGAGAAAAUGACGACAAACGAAAAGCAUUCAUUGAUAAAGCCAAUUUGCAUAAUGAAAAAUUGGUCAUUGAAAUACAGACGGAUUUUGAAAAGAAAAUACUCAAAGAAAUCGAACGAAUGGAAUCAAUAUCCGCUGAAAGUUUGAAGCGAUUAUUAGAAAGAGCAAAAGAAAGUGCUCUAAAUGAGUUUCAUGCAAAGAUGAUGGGCAACAGUGAUAUUGCAAGUAGUUUAUCCGUAGAGCUUCAACAGAAUAUGGAUGAUUUCCAAGUUUCAAUUAGGAUUAUGUUUACGUCGUACGAGAAUUCAGUGAAGUUUUAUACCAAUUUAAUGCGCAGAAUACUAAACAAGGUUAAAGUUUACACUACAAACAGUUCUCUCAUGGAUAUGCAUCAACAGUCGAAAAAAGAGGCAAUAAAACAGCUACGAUCGCAUGGUAUCGCUGCCGAAGUGACGUCAACUUUCCAGAAUAAAACCGUAAAGGAGAUUGAAAGAAAAUACAAGUCAUUCGCCCAAGAGAACGAAGUGAAACGGAAUAAUUUCAUUGCCAUGGCCAGUGUACACAACGCAGAUUUAGUCAAGCAGAUUGAAAAAAGCCAUCGAUCAUCCACAUACUCACAAGUUGAUAACGCUCAUCCAUAUCUUAGUGGCAAUAAAUUACAGAACUUAUGGAACAGUACGCAACAAGCUGCUCUGAAAGAGUAUGAUUCGAGAAAAAUGGGCGAUAAUGAUAUUUCUUUUGGCCAUCGUACACAACUCAAGAUGAAGUUGUUUGAACUCAAAUCCCAUUUGAAAUUACGCAAUGACUACAAGAGAUCUGAAUAUACUUUGAAAAACACCGUGAAAACGGGCGGUAUAACAAUGGCUGCUGCUGCAUUUGGUGGUGCGAUCGCUGGUCCUCCAGGUGCUAUAAUUGGUGCAUUCUUUGGGAUGGUAAUGACUGGACUCCUCUCAAGUUGAUCGCAAUUUUUUUUUUCAAUUUAUAGUUUUAAUUGAUAUUUUUUUUCUUCAAAUAAAUUCGAUGAAAAUAUGAACAAA